GCGGGGCUGAAGUUUAUCUGUGCGUGUCCGGUCAUGGUCGGGCCGUCGUUGCACGGCGCGCUCUCUCUGUGCGCCUUCCUCCAGCUGUUCUCGCUGCACGGCGGACAGGUGUCCGUGCCAAACUGCCAGGAGGUGCGCACACUUUUUCACUCUUUGCAUCCCGGGUCCAAAUGGGUCCCCGAAAGCCCAGUUUCAGGUGCAGAUCUGCAGGUUUGCCAAACCAAAGGCCGAACCUGCUGCACCAGGAAGAUGGAGGAGCGCUAUCAGGUAACGGCACGCAGCAACAUGGAGUCUGGUCUGCAGGCGGUCAGCGCUCACCUGAAACGUCUCAUCAUCCAGAACGCCGCCAUAUUCCAGGAGGCCUUUGACCUGGUGCUGCGUCACGGCCGAAACUCCACCCUGGCCAUGUUGAAGUCAGAGUUCCCGGGUCUCGGGAGCAGCGCCCAAAGCUUGGUGGGGCAGCUCUUCCUGGACAUGUCGCUCUACAUCCUGGGUUCAGACUCUUCAGUGGACAAUAUGGUGGAGCUCCUCUACAGCCGCCUCUUCCUGCUGACAUACCGCCGCCUGCUGGGCGGCAGUGCAUUCGCUGUGUCUGAAGAAUGUGUCAGAGAAGCCUGGAAGGACUCAGGAGCCUUUGGACCGUAUCCCAAACGGAUGAUGACCCAUCUGUCUCGCUCCCUCCUAGCCACACGAGUCUUCCUGCAGGCAUUGAACCUUGGUAUUGAGGUUGUCAAUACUACAGACCACAUGCGGCCAGGUAGGGACUGCAGCCGGGGCCUGCUGAAGCUGUGGUACUGCCCGCACUGCCAGGGCACGGUGGGACCACCGGCCUGCAGGGGCUUCUGUCAGGCGAUGAUGCACAGCUGCCUGGGGGGAGCAGCAGAAGUGCAGCCUCAUUGGAGGAGCUACGUGGAAGGGCUGGCGAAGCUGGCAGGUGCCAUGAGGGAAGAGCAGGAUAUGGAGGCGGUUGUUCUGAGACUGCCCUCACUGAUCAAACUGGCUCUCAAACACGCCGUGAACACACGCAGCCGCCUCAGCACUCUGGUGAGCGUGAAAUGUGGACACUCUCCUCAGCGAGCCUCUCGCUCAGUUGCACAACUUCCUCAGCAAGCGCCUGCUGCCUUAGCAGCCCACAAUGCACUGCUCUCCCCUGCGGACCGUGAUGAGACUCUGGCUGGCCUCCGCAGGGAGUUUAUAUCCAGCCUGAGGGCCUUCAGUUCCUUCUACAGUGGCCUCGGAGAGAUGCUGUGUAGCCGCGAGCCCACUCAGGCAAACCACUCCCUCUGCUGGAAUGGGCUGGAAAUGACAGACAGGUUUUCGGGGACCGGCCUGAAGCAAUCACAUCCCCACGGCUCUGAGUCCAAAAACAACAAACUGCCUGAGCCAAUCAUCAGCCAGAUUAUAGACAAACUCAAACACAUCAACCAGUUACUGAAGCUGGUGACAGUAUCUGAGAAGCACUGGAGAGCCCGGUCACAUGGAGGUGGAGCUGAUGGUUGGAAGGAUGAGGGAGAAGAAGGCUUCACGAGCGGUGACUGUGAUGAUGAAGAUGAAUGUACUGGGAUGUCAGGACUUGGACCGCCGCCAAAACGCAAACGUUUACGAAUCUUUGCAGACCUGGCUGAUAACCUGGCGAUGGAGGACUUCACCUUCCAGGAGCAGCUGCUGACCCCACGACUGGCCACAGCUGGGGUCGGAGGUGCUUCCUCGCCUGCGGCCCUGCUGCGGGGGAGCUGCUCAGUCCCGACCCUCUUUGUGAUGCACGCUGUCCUCCUCCUGUGCCACCACUGAUCAGCAAUGGAAACCGCCACCCUGCACUCACACGCUGCCAUCCACCGCUUUCUUUAGGAGUCAGUACACACCCUGCAGAACGUGACACACAUCUGCUUCCCAACGUGAGAUUCACUGGCUUGUGCCA